GUUAUGGCGGUCCACUUUGAUAUUUUCCCUGGGUGUUUUCAAUGACUCGGAUCUUCUAGUUUUAAACCCACAAUUGGACUUUGAAAACCCUAAUUUGGUUAAUUUAUUUAGCACCGAGUUUGCUGGGUCAAAAUCUUGGAAUUUUGUGGAGAUCGUAACGCUUAUUAUGGAUGUUGAUCAAUUCUUGUCAACUGUGUUUCCGUCGAAAAGAGAUGAAGACAUCGCAACUCCCAGGUAUUUCGCCGGAAUAUUUUCAGCUCAGUACGCUGCAAUAGUUUUAUGUGGCAAGAGUAUAAAAAUAGAGAAAACGACUAAACUUCGCGAAUGCUUGCUCAAUUCUGGCCGGCCAACUUGUGUACAUGUCUAAUUAUCUGGUACACAAGACGCUAGCUAGCUUACUAACUCAUUAAAUCGCACGAUCGUACGGACGAAACUUACGAUUGCAUAUUGGAGUAAUUCUCCGAGCCUUAGCUUUGACGUAUCCUCUGUAAAGGUAGUCUGGCUGUUAUGUCCCCUCUUCAUCAACCAACACACAUACUGACUUGAUCAGAAAUAUCCGAAUAUUACACUCACCUGCAUAAUUAUUUAGACUUUGAUUCUGACGACGACCUCUGCUUUGGUUAUCAAGCUGUCAGUCACCGUCAUUGGCAAUUCAUUUUUAUUCAGGAGUACCCUUAACUAGACGAUCAGGCAAUAUCAUUGAUGCUGCUGACCAUCAUAGAACAAAUUUUUUGCAAUGUUCUGUGUAGACACUUGACUGAAGUAUAAAAUAGUAUUUUUUCCCACAUAACUUUUAAAAAGUGUUAAGUUAUAAAUUAUAGUAUAGUAACAGUGUGAGAUCAAGAUAUCUCCAGCCAUUGAUUUUGGUUGCAAACUGCAACAGAGGGAAUCCUGCAAAGGCAAGAUUGCUUAACAUAGCAGUGCCCAGUAGGGCUUUCAAUAAGAUAUUUUUACCUGGCUAUAGAGACAGCUACCUUAAUAUGUGACUUAGAUCUCUCAGGGGAAAGUAAAAGAGGCUUGAGUUGUGAGCAACCUGUGUAAUAGGGAGCCAGCUGUUACAUUAGCUCUUGAAGGAUAUGAUUUGUGAAAUGUCCAUGUUUUCUUCUUUCAGACGAUUGUUGGAAUAUGGGACGCUUCAGGAUCAUAUUGAAGAAAUCCUUGCAAAGUAUGAUGAAGAAACUAAACCAGGUAUUCAGGAAUUAUUUUCAUAAUAAGGGAACUCUCCCAGCACAAGAUUUUCUUAGAAAAUCUUCGACAAGAUUUGGUUAAGUUCCCAGAAAUAUAUGUAAGAUCAGAUCUGAAAUCAUCUGUUGAAUAUGGAAUUUGAACUAGGGAAGAGGAGAAGAGUGUCUGAGGUACAAUGUUAGCCCUUGCUUAACCCUUUAACUCCCAUGAGUGACCAAUACAGAAUUUCUCCUUACAAUAUCAAUACAUUAUCAGGCAGACAAGUAAUGAGAAUUAAGGAAGGUAUCAAUUGUGGGAUUUUUAAUUCAUUCAAUACUAAAUUCUCCAAACUAACAUUAUAAUAAUUGUAUGACAGACAGUAAGGAGAAUUUUGAAUGAGAUCUUGGCAGUGAGAUGAUCAACCCCUACAUCAUUAUGUUCUAUAAUGUUCCCAAAAUGUUUCUUUUGAUACUGACAAGGAGAAUUUUUUUGACAUCGGAGAGCUUCUCUAGAUGGCAAGAAUUUCUUUACUUCUUGACCUUUGUUUAUUUUUUGGUUCAGUAGAGAUUCUGUAGGGAGAAAUAACAUGUUAUUCAUACUAGGGUUUAGAAGUAUGUAUAAAUCAGCAAUACUGAUAAAUAUUUUUGGAAUGCUGUCUCAACUCAGACUGAAGUAAAGAAGUCAGUUAUUGCCACACUAUAGAGACACAACAUAACUUUGAAACAUCAGUCAUUAUCAGCAGCUCUUUGGUAAAUUUAAGUUUUCCCAGAAUUAUCAACCAGUUCUUAAAAAAAAAAUUGACCAUUGUUUGUUCUAAAUUAGCAUUCUUAGUUAUUGCUUAGUUGUGUUAUUCCUACUUCAGAACUGGAUGCUGAAGAAAGAGCUUUAACAGAUGGCAGGAUUGGACCAGAGACAGUUGGAGUUGAUAGAGCCAGUCUUUGUGGCUCUAUGACAAUAAAUGAUGGAAUAGAGGUACUGAUCACACUAAAUCAACUCUGGAAUCUUCAAUAAAUCUUGAAGGAACAAAUGUGCAAUGUUAAACAUACUAUUUAUCAUAUGAAAUUAGAAUCCCAAAAGAAAUUAUGUUUCAUCUAAACAGUAGUUAAAAAAAUAGUUUUUUUUUCGCCAGAUUGAAAGCAGAAGCAACUUCAGUAGUGUGAGAGCAAAUAUGUGUGUCUGCAAAGGUAAUUAUUAGGCUUUGUUCUAUUUAUUUUCCUUUAAUCUCAAAGAGAGCAUCAAAAAACCAAAUCAUCAUUAGUAGUCAAGUAUUCUUACUGAAAAAUUUGUAGCUCCUUUUUGUUUGAGGAGAUCUCUAAGGGAUAAAAGAGAAAGGGAU